AGAUCCUACUUCAUUGAUUUCGCCUUCCUUUACUCACUCACUUUUUUCUUGUUCUUCGAAUUAACACAUUCAUUAUCUCAAAAUUAACACAUUCGAAUUAAAAGGGAAACUAUAGUUUAUAGCGAAGAAGAAGAAAAAAAAUGAUGUAUAGAUCAUCGAGCACAACUCGAGUCUCAGACGAUCAUUUCACCAGUUACUAUUCAUCAUCUUCUAAUUCAUCGCCCUCGCAAAAAGUGUCACCAGCAUUAAGAGCUUUGUCUUUAGAAGCCAAUGAAUUAUUACCAAUAAAUGAACCUCUCUCUGAUAUUGCUAAAAAGGAAAAAUCUCGUGCCAAAUUUGCUGAAAAUGCUGUUCAUAUAAUACCUUUUGUCUUGCUAUUGUGUGGAUUUAUCCUAUGGUUCUUGUCUAAUCCGGACGUUGAUGCACCAUUGAAAGGAGAAGGAAUUGCCACAAGAAUAGAAGGAUUGACACUUGAUGGAGAUCUAGACCCUGAUGGCAUGAACAUUACAAAUUUACCCCUAGAGUUGAACGAUGACGAUUUAAUAAAGCAAGAUCAAAGUCGUCAAAAAUCUUAUACGAUCUGAGUUUUACUUUGUUUUCUCUUACAAUUCUCUUGAUACAAAAAUUCUCAUUU